ACAACGCCAGACGGGAUAUUGCAAGAACAUAGCAAUUCAAUUCCAACAAUGCCUGACGAGAUAUUGCAAGAUCACAACAAUUUUCUAGAAAUUCACGCCAUUAAACCACCUGAAACAAACGUACAAACAAGUGUUCGAAAAGGGGACAAUGUCGAGGUCCUAUUGCAAAAGAAUAUGCUGCAAAACAAACCCCAAAGCUCUACGACGUCUCUCAAAGAAAAGCAGCAAUCGUCGAGUAAAUCGAGCCAAAGCUCCCUCUAUUCGUCCGGUCCAUCCUCUUCUUCCUUGUGCCAUCUGACCGAAUUAUCACAGCCAAAACCGGAAGCACUGCGUAAUACUUUGUUGUGUUUGCGGCAACUUCACGGUAAAGAUACGGAGCAUCUCGCUAACAUCGAGCGUCACCUACAGGGUCUCCGUAGCGGUCCAAAAAAUAGAUCUGAUAAGAAAACAAAUGUAACUACCGCGAAUAACACCACAACACGAAACAGGACGAGCAAAUCAAUGCGAACUCAAACGAAAUUAUCGAAAACCGUCGACGAGAAUACGUUGGGCGAACUCCAGGCUUUGGAUAAUUUUGCAGCUAAUCUGUUCGCUAAGCUGGAAGAAAAGCGGGCACUCGAAAACUAUGAAGUCUCCAAGUUACAGAUGCCGGCAGAGAUCGGAUACUAUCGGGGUGCGUAUGAUGCGCUGGUCACAACAUUCGGCCAGCCCUAUCACAAGUGCACGCUCGAGUUGUAUCAGCAGUUGGCCGGUGAACUUGGCAUCCAGGCAGAAAUGUUCGUAAUGGACAAAACACCUACAAUUAUUAAAGCUCAUGCAUGA